ACUAUGAAUGCAAGUUACAUAUGCAUGGCCAAAAACUAGUGCUGCAAAACUUUUGAUUUAGUUUUGUAUAAAACCCGGACAUUAUCGAUAAGCUUGUAUCGAUAACUAAGUGUGGACUACACAUUGCAACGAUGUCCGGUGAUUCGCGAGAUAUUAAUGAUCUGUUCGAUGAUAUAGUGCUGACCGAGGAAAAACACGCACGCAAGGGUUACGCGGAGGGUAUCAGCGACGGUAGGGCUCAGGGUAAUCAAGAGGGCUACCAACUAGGCUACGCUCAAGGCGUUCAACUUGGCGAGGAAUUGGGUGCCAUUUACGGCCAAGUGGUGGCCCAACAGCAAUUACCACAUACGGAAAAGUUGCAACGCACAUUGGAACAGCUGCGGCAGCUUAUUGAACAAUUUCCACGUCAAAACAAUCCCGACAAAGACAUCAUUGGCGCUGUGGAGCACAUCCGGAACACGCAUCGGCUACUGCGUGCUUUGUUGGGUACCAAAAAGGGUGCUUCACAGGAGACUGUACACACAACGCAGGAGCGCAAAGAUUACAGUUUCUAGAAGACGACACAAGAUGGCACAA